AUGUGUUUGUGCCAUCCGCUAGCGAGGGCAAGCUAUCGCAUGGUCGUCUCGCAUAGAGCUGAGUUGGAAUGCUGUUCGGACCUGCAGCGCCGACCGCGAACAGAGGGAUGGGUGUCGAGCUGCUCAGACUUGGAGGCCAAUGCCUUUCACACUAUCUUGCUGGCUGCACUCAAGGCAAACUCGAGGCCAAAGUGCUUUCAGCCUUCUAUGCUGAUCUACCAGGUCAACAAGACGCGCAGUGACAUGCUUGGAAGGUGUGCGUGCGAACGUUGCCAGCGAUGUAGAGUCCGGGUGGGGAUGGCGGUCUUGUGUCUUGUCCACACAAAGAGGCCAUCGUGCACCUCGAGCCGGGUCGCUGUUCUGUGA